UUCGUCUCUCUCCUUCUGUCUCCUCUUUUCCUCUCUUUCUCUCUCUAUAAUUUUUUUUGGGGGUGCAAUUUCUCUCUCUAAAUCGAUCAAUGAUCGAUUGGAAUUCGCAGCCCACGAUGGGAUUUGAUGAUAAUAUUUUUUUAUUUUUAGAAGAAAAUUAUUAUUAUUUUUAUUAUCAUUCAAGGGACCAUCUCUGCUACUACUGCUACUACUUUCUUUCCUUUUCCUCUGUCCAAGAAGGUGGAAGAGGAAGAAUAGACGAAUUGGGUCAUCGAUCUCGUAAUGGCUAUCGCCGGAAGAGAGAUCGGUGGCUCUGGUCAGAGGUUACUGAAUCUUGUUUACGACAUUGGAAGGAUCGGUGGAUUUGGAGAUGUUUACAAGAGGGAAUGUAGUGAUCUCUGCCGCAAAAUUGGGCUUCUUUCUCCUUUGUUUGAGGAGAUUAGGGAUUUCAAAGAUGAUACAGAAGAUGCCCAUUCCUUUGUUUCAUCGUCGUCGCCGGCUUCUUCUUUGAGAGAUCUAUUGGCGGUGCUUCGUGCUGCUAAGCGGCUCGUUCUCGUUGCUCGGAAUUAUGACUCCAAAACCUCUCCUGAUCUAUCUGGGAAGAGAAUUUCCUUCCAGUUCCAAUGUAUAACAUGGAAGUUGGAGAGAGCAUUGGGUAACAUACCAUAUGGUCAUUUCGACAUAUCAGACGAAGUUCAGGAACAAGUCGGACUGGUUCGGGCACAGUUGAGAAGAGCAGCGGAAAGGAAUGGAUCUCUGAAUUCAAAAAUAGUCUCUCGUGCCUUAUCCGAGCCACUUGGCAAGGAGACCAAUAUCCCAGGUUCAGGUAACAGGGUAGUUGGAAGCUUGCAUGUUGAGAACAUAGGUAAUGUCAAACCUCAAGAACUGGUGGACAUCGCUCCAAAAGUAAAUGGCAAGAUGGGGCAUAAUAUGGAACAGAAGAUGCAUAAAUUAGAAAGAUCGAAGCGCCUCUCUGAGUUAUUUAACGAAGCUGACUCGGACAAGGAAGAUGACAUGGCCACCAAGACUUCUGAGGAAACUAAGAAGCCCGACUCUGUAGUUAUUCCUGAUGAUUUCCGCUGCCCUAUAUCUCUUGAAUUGAUGAGAGAUCCUGUAAUUGUGGCCACUGGACAGACUUAUGAGAGGUCAUAUAUACAGAGAUGGAUAGAUUGUGGCAACAGAACAUGCCCAAAAACUCAGCAGAAGCUUCAAAAUUUGACACUAACCCCAAAUUAUGUGUUGAGAAGUCUAAUUGCACAGUGGUGUGUAAAGAACAAGAUUGAGAUGUCCAUGGGAUCAGUAAAUGGUAGGAUUAGGAAGAGUGAUGGUUCAUUUCAGAAUGUUGGUGGCAACAAAGAAGCCAUCAAUGCUCUGGUCCGUAAGCUUUCCAGUCAGUCCAUUGAGGAUCUAAGGAGUGCUGCAACUGAAAUCCGAUCGCUCUCCAAAAGAAGCACAGAGAAUCGGAUACUGAUAGCAGAAGCUGGUGCUAUUCCACUUCUGGUUAACCUGCUAACCACAGAAGAUGUGAGAACACAAGAAAAUGUGGUGACUUCCAUCCUCAACCUCUCUAUAUAUGAGAAUAAUAAACCACUCAUAAUGCUGGCAGGUGCAGUUCCAUCAAUUAUCCAAGUCCUCAGGGCUGGAAGCAUGGAAGCCAAGGAGAAUGCAGCAGCAACCCUUUUUACCCUGUCUCUUGUAGAUGAGAACAAGAUAAUAAUUGGGGCAUCUGGGGCGAUAGCAGCUUUAAUAGAAUUGCUUCUAAAUGGAAGCUCAAGAGGGAAGAAAGAUGCUGCAACAGCACUAUUCAACUUGUGCAUUCAUCAGGGUAACAAAGGUCGGGCAGUGAGGUCUGGGAUCAUUGUGCCAUUGAAGCGGAUGCUUGUAGACUCCAGCAGCUGCAUGGUUAUUGAAGCUCUCACAUUAUUGUCAGUUCUUGUCAGCCACCAAGACUGUAAGGUUGCCAUAGCAAAGACCAGCAUCAUUCCUAUUUUGAUUGAUCUGUUGAGGAAAGGCUCACCCCGAAACCAGGAGAAUGCUGCAGCCAUCCUACUUUCUUUGUGCAAAAAAAAUGCCGAGAACCUUGGAUGCAUUGCAAGGCUUGCUGCUUAUAUACCCUUGAUCGAGCUAGCUAAGAGUGGCACAGAUAGAGCCAAGAGAAAGGCCAAUUCACUGUUGGAUGAUCUCCGGAAGUCGCAGUUGCUGUAAAGGUGUGAUAGCACUGCAAGGAUUCAAUUCAUUUCUUUAUGGUCCUAUCAGGGGAAAAAGUUUUUACGCUGCAUCCUUCUUCGGGUGUGAAAACUGUAGAAAAUAACAAGAGGGAAAGAACCCAUUCUUAUUAUUUCUCGUUUAUUUGUUAUCUUUCUUUUGCCUGUGUGAAAAAUCAUUCAUCUGUUUCUUGUAUCCAGCCAACCAAGAAUCCUUCUUCCUUUUUUCUUUUCUUUGGAUAUUUCUUCUCAGUAUGAUCAUUUUGGGGAUUGAAUUGAUUGACAUUGCUAAAUUUCGUUUUA